CAGCAAUCCACCUGGUACAGGUAUCGUCUGCCGCCGGCGCCUCGUCGACCCGUCGACGUGAUGGCCGACGUGAUAAACGACCUCGGCGUUCGGAUACUCCAGCAGUACGUGGACACGGGCAACGUCGCCUUCUCGCCCGCCGGUCUCGGCUUCAUUCUGGCCGCUCUGUACGAGGGCACCGCCGGCCGAGGCAGACAGCAGAUCGUCGACGCGCUGGCCUUGCCCAGGGACAGGAACGUCGCCAGGAUGGGCAUGCGUGAGAUUUACAUGCGACUGAGAUCUUACUUGAACCCCGACGGCUUCCUGGGCGGCCUGAACUUGAAUCGCGAGAACACGACGCUGCGCGACGAGUACGAGACGAUCCUGCGAUUCUACGGUUUCGAUCUGAGCGUCGAUCUGUCCAAUAUCACGGCCAUCAGCAGCACUCCGUACUUCGGUCUGAAGGGAUCCUCGGCGACGACCCUGACACCCUCGACCAUCAGCACGAUGCCCACGACGAUGGAUACUACGGUGCCCACGACGAUGCCGCCUACUACGCAGCAGACGACUCCGACGCCGACAACGCCAGAAGCGACGACUCAACCAGCGACUCCGGCCAACAUCGUGCAAACGACGUUACCGUCCACGGCAGCAGCCACGAGUGCCGCGACUCAGCCACCCACCACAAUGCCGACCACCACCAGCAGCACUACUACGACUACGGCGAGAACGACUAUUCCGACGAUUGCGGUGACGCUGCCGAGGGUCGUGCAAACGACACCGCCGGACUUUGAUUUUCUCACGGCGGCCACGGAGCCAACGAGCACUACCACGGUUACUACUACGACGACGACGAUGGCAACGACGAGGCUCCCGCAGGAGACGACCACGGCCGGUUUCAUGAUAUUCGAGGACAUAGCCACGGUGGUGCCGCCCGUAGUCAGGCGCAGAAAAGCCACGCGAAAGAGAAGGAAAAGGAGCGACGGAUACUUUGUUAAUUAUCACGACGACGGCUGGUGGAUGCAGGACCUCGAUAUCUGGGCGGACCAGCCGAUACAGCCGACCAACGCCCGGGACGCGACCGAGCUGCAGUUCCUGAUAAACGGCUGCGAGAUCGCCAUCGUGCCGGCGGCCACCUACACGGCCGUACUCCCCUUCGCCUACUUUCCCUCGCUCAAGGCCGUCGGCGUCGAAUUUCCCCUUGACAAUCCGAGAUACAGCGCCCUGCUUCUGCUGCCGACGGAGCGCAUGGACACGGUGAGGCUCGCCCGAGCCCUCGGCGGCAAGAGCCUGAGGCUGCUGCGCAGGCAGCUCCAGCCCACCUGGGUCAGAGCCACCAUACCGGCCUUCAUGCUGCGCGGCUUCGUCACGCUCACGCCUUAUCUGCAGCGGCUCGGCAUCAAGGACGUGUUCGAGCCGCGCCUCGCCGAUCUGACUCCGAUGACGCCGGACCUGGGGGUGUACGCGCGCGACGUCCAGCAGAGCAUCGCCGUCAACAUCAGGAAUUACAUGCGCGACGCUAAUUCGCAAGGGAACAAUACCAGCAACAAUAACAACAACAACGGCAAUGGCAAUGGCAACGGCAACGCGACGAUGGCCAAUGGAAAUAACUCGAUGAUGAAUAACAACGCGAUGAGCAACGCAACCGGUAACAGCGACGGAACGAGCAACGGAGCAGCAGCCACGAACAAUCAGAAUCGAAAUCCCCUGGACCAGACGUCGUCGGUGGUGUUACCGAAUCGACGCUACGGUAGGCCAGUUAACGGCAUGCUGGACAGUCUGGUGGCCUUCACGGCAGCCCAUCCGUUCCUUUACUUCAUCGUCGACGGGGAGACUUCGGUGGCGCUCAUCGCCGGCAGGAUCGACGAUCCCCUCAACUCCCGGAUACUUCAAUGACGAUCUGUGCUGCUGCUGCUGCUGCUGCUGCUACCUCUAUGUAUCGAGAAGCUAUUUGAAUGUCAAUGGGGCUCUUGAUUUUCCAAUGCAGCGCUGAUUUAUGGACUCUACGGUGCGAGGCGACGACGAUUGUUAACAGACGCUCGCUCGUGUGUAUGCGUGAAGCGAUCUAUCACCGACACUCAUACACGAAUACGUUGAUUGCACGAGCAAAAAUUUUGCUCGUUGAGAUCAUAAUAUGACAAUGUACGAAAAUAUGUGAUAAAUUGACAAAGUUUCGACUUUUUUUGAUGAUGAAAAUAUACAUUUUUUCCAAUGUUUAACUGAUGUUUAUUUGGCAGUACUUAUAUUAUAACAAAUUCGGGCUAUAUAUAUAAACAAAUGUAUUGAUAAUUAUUUAUAGUUAUUGUUUUUAUCCUAUAUAAAGUAAUUUACAUACAAACGCUAUUUUUUGUAAAAGUAAGAAAUAAAAUGCUGUACAAGGUUUGUUUUUUUUUGUAAAAUUAAAAAAAAAUGCGUUAAACUACAAGACAUGCAUUAUCUUGAAUAAAGGUA